AUGUCCAGGUCGUCAAAGGACAAAGAGAUCUAUGAGCCUCUACGAGACUCUCUCGAGUUUGAAGCCGAAAAGGCGGCCCAGUUUCAACCAACCUCGUACGAAAGGCCGUAUCGCCGACUCCGGGUCAUCAAUGCCUUUUUGAUCGCCGCUCUCACCCUGACGGUUUCGUAUCUGGCCUAUGUGAAGUUGCGACCGCACCAGAACCAGCAAGAGGGCAAUCUGCUCGGUUCAGACCCGUUCGGGCUGAUCCCCCCAGAGGUCGGCGAGCCCAGACGAUGGAUGACUUUCGACAAGUCGGACCCUUACUACAUUCCCUAUGAUAUCUUUGACGACCUCGAAAGGGUUGACAAGAUUGUCGAUCACCUCGCCGACCUUGAUCAUCCUGCCAUCUUGACCAACGGCAGGAAAACCCACUUUAUGCACGUGGAUGGCACGAUCCACGAGCUACCUUCGACAACCGCCUACCGCAACAACAUGACGGAGCACUUCCCCGUGUAUUUCACCCGUGGCUUUCACCAGAUGCACUGCAUUACCCUCUUCACCCACACCUACGGUCACAUCAUCCACGGCAAGGAGUCGCAAUUUGGCCCUGAGCACGUGGCACACUGCCUGAACGUCCUGCGCGAGGCCGUCUCGUGCUUGGCCGAUUCCUCGGUUGCCUCGUUUACCUACAAGGAGGACUGGCACAUUGCCCAAGAUCAACAGUAUUACUGCCGCGACUACAUGGCCGUGCGCAAAUGGGCCGACUCCCCCGAGAACGCUGCUCGCUACGACAUUGUCGAGAACUUGAUUCCUGACAACUUGAAGCUACACCAGGCCAUGAAGGCUGCUGCUGCUCAUCGUGACUGA